AUUAUCUGCCCAGGAGCACUCAUUUCGCCCAUUCCUAAAAGAAAUCAUUCAAUUUGAAAAAAUUGGAUGAAACCAUGAAAAAUGGCCAAGAAUAAGUCGACUGUGUACCUAGGAUACGAGGAUGAGGAGGUUACGGCCAAGCAGGAGCAGUUCCUGAACAGUUGUACCAACAAAAUCGGCGGCACACCCGAUUGGCCCAGACACGAGGUGACCAUUCCGUCAUGCCCGCUGUGCGGUGCAGUGCGUCCCCUGAUCGUGCAGAUGUACGCGCCGCUGGAUCGCUCCCAAUUCCAUCGCAGCCUUUACGUUUUCGGAUGCGUGAGCCCCGCCUGCUCUCAGAAUUCCAAGAGCUGGUGCUGUGUGCGCACUCAGCACCUGGACCACCAGUUCGAGGUGAUCAGCGAGCAUUCGCCGAAGGCCACGCCCACUAAGAAGCAGCACUCCAAAAAGAAGGGAAAGUCCAGCGCCUUGCAGGCUGUAACCUGGUGUAGCGGAGCGGAUGACUGGGGCGACAGCAGCGGUGGAGCCACCGAGUCGGCCAGAACCAUAUCCGUGACAUUAGACGAGGCUAUGGACAUCACCGCGGACGACGAGCAGAACGAACGGAAUGGCAAUGUGCGACCGAAUGCUCUGCAGUACGCCAAGGCAGACAUCCAAAUGGAUGAACCAGCCAAGCUUGAGCAAGUAAAGAUUGCCGGCGAUGACGACGACGACGAGGACGAGAGCACUUCGGUGGAGAACGACCUGAUCUCGGGCUUUCAUCAAAUGGACAUGAUAUCGCCUCAAAACGCCGACGAUGAUCCAAAUGCUAAUUGUGCAGCAGCAGCCGCUCCCAAUUUGGAUGGAGCCGGAGCCAGUGCAGCCUCAGCGGCCAUUUGUGCUGAGAUCGAGGGUCCCGAAACCGAUCUGGUGCUGGUCGACACGCCCAAGAAGCCGGAACGCGAUCUAAUUGCCUUGUUAAAGCACACCUCGAGUUCGCUGUCGCAGAUUAAGGACUUUACGCUAAAGUCCUACUACAUUGCCGUGGAUGUGGAGAGUAAGACCCAGAUGGAGGAGUACGAAAACUUCGGCGGCGCCUUGUCCAUGGACCACAUUCGUGAUUUGUAUCAGGAGUACAAGCUGAGAGAUGAAGAUGCGGGUCAGUCACCGACCGGCGGUGCAUCUGGAUCAGCAGAGCAGGGCGAUGAGCACGAGUCCUAUGAGAAAGCGUUGCCUGCCCAUGGCGACUUGGUGUUUCACAACUUUAUCACUACCAUCCAUCAGAAUCCGGGCCAGUUGUUAAGAUAUUCCCGGGAUGCGCUUCCGCUGUUGGUGGCCCCGUUGACAGAACCACUUCCCAAGUGCCAGAAUUGCAAGGGAGAGACCAUCUGCGAGGUGCAACUGCUACCCACACUGAUUCCCAAGCUGCGGUUCCAGGUGAACGGUUGUAAUGCACCAAUCGAGUAUGGCAACGUGCUAGUCUUCACCUGCCUUAAGAGCUGCUGGGACACACCCGACCUGAUGCGAUACGAACAUAUUGUGGUUCAGUCCGAAUCUUAAGGUGGCAUCCGGCCAUUUCCCAAAGCCAUUAGAACCCUUCGCUGUAGCUGCUACGAUUGCAGGCUGG